AAAAGUCGGUUUAUCUGUCAAAUAAUUGCAAAUGGCGUGUUCAGUAUAAUAGUGGAUAGUUAAAAGUUGCCUAUAUUGAUAUGUUCAAACUACCGGCAAAUCCUUAGUCGUGAAUCGACGUCAUCCUAGCUGAUCCUAGCAUGAGAUUAUUGACUAAUCAAAUUGGAUUUGAUGCCGUUUCGUUGGCCGUUAAGUUGGCAACCGUGCCAAUUUAUGUCUUCAUUGUAUUGUUUAGAAACAAUGUUUAUAUGAAAUAUUUAAAUUAAUUAAAAAAUGACUUUCUCCUGACGAAGUGCGAGUUUAUAUGUCGAUAUAACCGAAAGUGAAGUACACAUAGGCAUAUGUAACAGUUGCAGCAUGAGCCGAAAUCUGCGCUUUCCGAAGUUCCAUACAAUGUGGAACAUAAGUUGAAACAGAAGAUGCCUUUUCAAAGAACCUAUUUUCGUAUAUAUUUUCUAUUUUUGAUAUGGCUGAGCAAUCUAUUGCACAGAGUAGGCAGUUUGGGAAUCCAGUUUUCCGUGAGAUCCACAAAAACACUUGGCUCAAGAGGUUGCCUCCUGAAUCUAAGAAGAAGAAGGAGAGAGUCUGGGUGGUGUUCUGUAUACAUGAUGACACAGAUGCAUUUCUAGAAAUUUACUUGGACAAUAAGACAGCUGUGUUGCAUAAACCGGAAUGGUUUUUCUGCUUGAAUAAUACUCAGCAUGUUUCUCCAACAAUCUGUGCUCAGGAACAGGAUUAUGAAUUUGUGAUAACUUUAAGUAAUGAGGUGGUUAGAUUGGCAGCUCCUUCUUGGGAGGCUAUGCUUGACUGGGUGGAAAGUCUAAGAGGGAAACUAUAUGAAUUGAAGAUUUUGACUCCUAAAGAGAAUCUCUACAGCAAGUUACCUGAAACCAGAUCAAUACCAUUGCUGUCCACUCGUGAUCCAACGUCACCUUUACCAUUGCCACCAUCUCUUAAUAAUACUGUUCCUCGUGAUCCAACAUCACCUUUACCACCACCACCUGCUGUGCCUCCAGCACUGCUUCCUGGCAUAGAACCAAUUGCAGAAAGGUCUUUAACACCCAAUCUAACUAGACGACAUACGGCACUGCAAAGGGGAUUAUCGUUACCGGAGACUUCAAUGCGUUCUGAGAGUGCAAAUAACAUCACUAUAGUUCACGUAGAAGUUUCUCAGCCAAACGUCUUUAAUUAUGAAAACAUAUCAAAUGUGCUCCAAUCUCAGAGUUCUUCUACAGCUGAAGCUUCAAAUAGUUAUGAAAGGCUGUUCCAACUACAACAAUCUCCAGGUCCAUCCAAUCGGGCAAGUAGAAGUCAGAGGCCCCCUGCAGCUAAUUCUGGCAGAUUAGUAGCAGUUCCAGAACCAUUGACGUUACGUGAACAUCAAGUGAAGCAGCUACAAAAGGAGAUGAAGCACCCAGGCGGGGUGCGGUUAUUGUUACGCAAAAAUUGCAUUAGUUCAAUUGCUCUUGUUGAUGCUAACACAUCGGUCUGGGUCUGCGGGUGGAAGCAAAAGGAGAAUCCGAUGUUAUAUAAUGCUCUGCACAUCGGUGAUCAAUUGUUGACUAUUGAAGGGAUCACCGUGAAAUCCUCGAAUGAUGCUCACAAGAUCCUACGAUCGAUUAGCAGUAUUUAUGUCCAUAUUGUAAUAAAACGUGUGCCCCAUGGACAAGUGUUUGUGAUACAUAGGGAUGUUGAAGGGCAGCCACUGGGUAUUAUCCAAGAGGGUAAUACGGCUGUGAUCGCGAAUGUGGAGGGUGGAAGUCUUGUCGCAAGGCAAGGACUCUCGACUCAUGCCCAAACGUGCGAUGGCCAGUCCUUCACAAAUUGGGUGCUGACUGAAAUCAACGGGCGUCCAUUAAAUUUAUUUUUCAAAGAAAGUCAAGUCAAAGACCGUCUGAAUGCAGUCGGACGUGAUAUCUCGAUACUAGUGCAACCAUUAGAUUUAAUAAAGCAGCUCAAGAAGCAGCUGAAGUCUUUGAAAAACUACAAGGACUACAUUUUACAGUAAUCGUGCAACUAUUUAUAUCCAUGUAUAUACAACCUAUCUAUACAUAUAUAUAUACACACUCACACACAUAUAUAUGUAUAUAUAUAUACAUAUACAUAUUCCUUGGAUGAAACAAAAAGACUAAUUUUUAUAUAAAUAUUAUAUAACACUGUGAAGGCCUUUAAGAA